CUCGAAUAUAAGCCCAGUAGCCCACUACGUUAUUCAACAUUGACAUUGUCUUUUAAUAUAGCAGAGAAGGAUAUUUAAAAGCAUUGUCAUUGUCUCUAUAGCCGACUAUGUGAAUCAAAGCGCGUUAUUGUUAAAUAGUACAUGUUUAUUUUCCUGUUUAUGACUAACUUGUUUGUGUCUAACCUGUUUAUUACUAACACAAAAAAUCAUCCAUGUAUUAGCCCUCCCCCCAUAUAUAAGCCCCCUCCCUUGUAUAAGCCCAUCAAAAAUCGCUUACGAAAGUAUAUAAGCCCAGGGCUUAUAGUUGGAGGUUUACGGUAUUUUAUUGCUUAAUUAGACCAAAAAGAUACACCCUGCAUGCUUGUAUAUUGAUGUAUAGUUAUUUUAUAUUUCGUUCGAAAUACUUGCAAUGGCCAUUUUAACUUCACAUAGAUAUUGACCAUUGACGGAGAACAACUGGAGUCAGAUCCUGUACAAGUGAUGUCUCAGGUUCAGACAUUUAUUGGAGUAACGAAAAAAAUCGAUUACGGAACUCUUCUAAAGUGAGUUCUUAUCUUUAUUCUUCUCAUUCCAAAUUAAAGAUUAUAAGAUCUAUUGAAUUUAUACAUGCCCCCCUUUGUCAAGAAAAUGGCUGUAGGCGAAUUGACACCGACUAAAAUGACAAUAGCGUGACUGAUUGGUCGCUAACCAAUCUGAUGGCUGACUUAAUUCAUUUUCUUUUUGGCUUUGUUUGGAAAUUGUGCCUCGUGGAAAACGGGCUUAACGCUUUUUUUUCCUAAUUUACAACUUUGGAUAACGUGCAAGUUACUCAGUGAGUCAAAUGUAAAUAGCUGUUUUGGUCAAGGCAGAUUAAAGACAUACGGCAUGACUUGUUAGAAGUCCAAAAACUCUGUUUCCGGAUUUUUUAUUGUGAAUGUCAAUUUUUAAUGUGUAUUUCAAAUCCGAAAAUGAGAACUGGACCAGAUUUCAAGUCUAAGCAUUUUUUCCAGUCCGAGACAAAGUGGAAGACUGGAGCUAACAGCCAUGCAGGGCCGUAACCCUCCCCCAUUCCUUGGGUAUUUGGGUACUUAAUCUAACCUAUAGGUCAGUGGCGUGCUGGGUACUAUAUUUCUGGGGGGGGCCAGUCGGCUGGCAACUAAUAUGCGCCCCUAUAAUAUUACCCUUGAUAAACGAGGGCCGAAGGCACGAGCCGAGCGCCACAGGUGCGAGGUUUGUCUAGGGGGUCCCUGAAAUGCCAUUUCCUGAACUUUGGGGGAAGAUUUGACAGAAAUCUGAUGGUCAGGGAACGGCAUUACAACGUGUCGAAAUUUGAAAAUUGGUUAGAAUUUAGUAGUAGCACUUAAAUUGGGCAACGCUAACUACUUCCAGCAAUUAAUCUAAUCCCAAUUUUAUUCUCUACUGAUCUGAAUUGAUUUACAACUUACAGCUCUUUUAUAUAAUAACACACGGACCCCACGCAUAUGCAUGAUUUCCGUGAUCGCUUCGAAGCCUGAUCAAUAUUCCGGUAAUGAGACAUUGCGUGUGAUCACUGAUCAUGUUUCUAUAUGAACGAGUGAUUUCGUGUGAGUCGUAAGGUAGCAAAUACGGUUAUAGACAAAAUAGUCUGCAAUUUAAUAUACUCACUCACUUUGUCGCCUAUGCGCUUAGUCUGUUUAUAAGUGUAUAAACACAUCUUUCCUUGGCGGAAUUAGUAACUAUAUUUCUUCGAAUGCGUUUCUUCCCACCUAUAUUCAAAAUUCGGCGCGGGAUCGGCGCCCCCUUUCCAUUUUUGCGCCCCUCAAAAAUUGCCAGCUGGGGGGGGGGCCGUGCCCCCCCCCCCUGCCAGCACGCCACUGCUAUAGGUCUUGCUGGCUUGCUGCCCUCCCCCUUAUGCAACGUUACUUGUAAAUUUUGUCCAGUUCGUCCAGUCUCGUACUGUAAAUCAUUACUUACUAAUGUGGGAGUACAUGAAAGUAAAUAAGAAAAUUAAGAUAAACGCAAAACCAUCUAUUUGCAUUAAUUAGCAUGCACACACAAAAUCAUCUAUUAUACUUGCCUGACAUCUUUCAUAUUCAUUCUUUUCCAGGUACAAUGAACGUAAGGGCUUCUUCUGCCUCACAAGUCGUAUGUACAACGGCCAUUCCUGCUUGGGCAGUUCUAAAGGUCGGAAAUAUCCUCCAAUGCAAAGAAAAGCAGAAGAAUAUUUGAAAGAUUAUUAUAGGGAACCUAACAGACAACUUGCUGAGUUACUACACAAGAUACGUCAACCUCUCCCACACUGGCUUCGUAAUGAUGUUGUACAGUAAAAUAUUUAUAUAUGUGCUCAAUGGGUGACCAGAGCAUAAUAAAGUAAUAAAGAAAGAUUUU